ACAAGUUUAUGGGACUCGUUUCAAUUUCUAUACGAACACAUUUCUUACCAUUUCAAGGCUUCCCCUCGGCCAUCAUCCAAGAUCCAACUCCCGACACCAAAAUGACACCUCGUAGGCGUCGCAUAUUGUUCACUCUUGCGACAUUAUUCAUAUCCAUUCUCCAAUAUGUCUUGAAACGAAUACGCAUUUUCACAACCCCAAAAGGAAAAAAGGCGAAAAUAUUGUAUGGAAUGCGACAUCAUGGGCUAGCAAUCCUAUUAUUUUUUGAUGAUCAUAUUUUGAUAAUAGAAAAGAUAAUCGAGACCCUUAUCCCAUCAUCAACCCGUGUGUUUGACAAAAUCGAUAACUUGCUAAAAUCCUCCGAGUCUUUACCCCAACAAAUCGAAGAUUUCAUUGACCACGACGUGCCAAUGUUUAUGCAACGGAUACCUUUUCUUGCCCGUGUUUUCAAGAAAGACGAAAAGGAAAUAGUAAUUGAUAUCACAUGUCAUGGAUAUAGAGUUGAACCUGAGAACUCAUUCCAACACGAAAAUGUGUCCAAACCAGACAAUGUAAAACCCGGGAUUUGUGACAAAGAAGAGGUCAUGAAUACCUCAAAGACCGAAAGUGAUUUUAGUCACGAAAAAUAGUUUGAGAAGGCAAUACAAGAGAUUAACGACGAAUUUGAGAAAGAGAAUGAUAACAUGGAAGACGCUAACGGUGAGUUUCUUUACUCGGCACGAGCUAGUAGCAACGAAAUUGUUCAGUCGGAUGAUCAAAUAUUCGAGCUAUUCGAAGCGGGUUGGCAUAUGUCACCAAGGGCAUUGUCAAGCACAUCGUCGUCCUGAUGAGAAGAA